GCUCACGUUUCACUUCUCGCUCUUUGAUUGGCUGGCAGGCGGACGCGUGUCGCUGAUUGGUUGAGAUUGUUUUGACAGGAAACUGACGGCGCCGUCAAAAGCGCUCAGCGCUCAAUCCAAACGCGCAUUGACUUAUAACACAAGCCGAAGGCGCGUCUGCAUCAGGAGCUUUUGUAUUCUGGACAGCUUUAUAACGCUUGGAUAUUUUUUUUUGUGUACAGCUGGUAAGGGAAACUGUUUCAAGGUGGACUAACUCAGCAAACGAAAAAAAAACAUGCUGUGCGUUCGCAGUUCAGACGACUGUUUCCGGGACCAGAUGCGCUACAUGAUGAGGUCUCUGCAGGAUCUGAAGCAGAUACGAGAACCCACCGACCAAUCAAAGUGCUCGUACGCGACUCGAGCCUGUCAAAAAAGGGUGCAACAGCGGGAGCAGCUCAGUCGCCUGCGGAUCUCCGACGUCAGCGACGCCAGCACCUACGAUUCGGCCUGCUGCCUGGCCAGUCCGCUGGAGGAAGAGGAGGAUGAGGAAGCCGGUGUUGGCCGUCUACCUCAAGGCUCCCCGAGCAGCGUGAAAAGCCUGGACUUUGAUUCGGGAUACUCUGAAGCAUCGUGGCAGGACGAGGGUGUGGUGUUGAGGCGUACGAGGAACGUGCGCGUUUCAUCGUCCGCGUGCGUCCGCACCAACCGAAUCCGACCCAAAUCCACAUCAGACGCAUGCCUGGAGCGCUGGACGUCGUUUGAGGCCAGCGACCCAACGGACUGGACCACGUCUUUGUUAACCAGAGGCCGUAACAGGCAACCGUUGGUUCUUGGGGACAACAGCUUUGCAGAUCUUAUAAAGAACUGGAUGGAUCUUCCAGAGUGCCCAGAUUCUGCAGAACUCAAGCCGAACGCCAGCCGCAAAAUAGCCAAGGACUUUCUGGUCAACAUGCGGCGGAAAUUAGCGGGGAUGUCAAAGGGAGUUGAGGAGAGAAAGGCUUGCACUAAACGCAUGUCUUGUCCUGUGGGAUUUCAAGCCCCCAAACCGUUCUUUCACCAGUCUCACACAAGUUUGCACCAAUUGGGACCAGACUUUUAUCAGUUCAGCGCUGUCAUGAAGACGGGGAGUCGACAGCCUAUCAUAUGCAAUGACAUCAUUGGAUACAUCUGAUGUGUUUAUGAAAACGGACUGAAGUUUACUUCUGAAAAUGUGUAAUAUUGUUCUAUGUAUUAAUAAAUAUUGUAAUGCUUUUUAUAUAAAA